AAAGUAACAACUUCUGAUGUUGACGUUUUGUCAAAAAUAACCUGCAAUAUUUUUAAAUAUUUUUAUACUACUACUUUUGACUGAAUUAAAAAAUAUACUACAAGGAAUAAAUAUGUCUAAAAUAUCAAAUCUGGUUAAUUUCAUAGCGAAACGUAAUAUUUCGCUGUCUGCACCUCGUGAGGGUAAAAGGAAUUUCAGAAAAUUCGUGGUUGCAAACAAACGAGGAUCCCGUUUCUUCAAGGAUAGACAGAGUGGUCCGAAUCCAGAAUUAGAAGUAGACAAACGUGGUGUCCGCGACAUUGGUUAUAUGUUGAACGGUAGAUUUGUAAAAGUACCAGAAAUGAUACCGGAACUCAUUGUUCCUGAUUUGAAAGAUUGCAAUUUGAAACCUUACGUAUCGUACAAGGCAGAGGAUGUAAUCCAAAGUGAAUUCACUCCACAGCAGUUGUUUGAUGCUGUUUAUAGUAAAAAGAUUGUUAUUGAUUAUAAGCAAGGUAAAUUAAACGCUGACGGCCAACCGCUCGAACCUUCCGAAGAGGAAAACUUACAACCCGAGGAAGCUGUACAGAGAGCAAAAAGGACAGGCUCUGAUAUAUUUUAGAUGUAUAGAUGUCACUUCCUAGUUUAUGAUAUAAUUAUAAUAAAACAGUUUAUAAGUAGGUUUUAUUUGAGCAUAUUUUAUGUCUAGAUGAUAGAGUAGAAAAUAAAUAUUUGAUUUUAA